AUGAGUAACAAGCAGCAUGACUCUAUUACGAAGAAGACAGAGAGAUCAUUCGAAAUCGCAGUGAUAGGAGGUGGUAUUGUAGGUUUGAUGGUAGCGAUAGGACUGUUGAAACGUGGAAUUGAGGUCACUGUCUUUGAGCAAGCUCAAGAGCUUACUGAAGUCAGUGCUGGUUUUGCAUUCACCGGCGUCGCUCGUGAGUGCAUGAGGCGACUAGAUCCUCGCUUGUUGGAAGUCCUGGAGCGCAUUGGAGAGGUCAACCGCCAUCCCUGCAAUCGUUACUGGGAUGGUUUCAACCCUACCACGCAAGAAGAAGCAGAGUCCAAGGACUCUCUACUUUUUGAAGUAUCAGCAAGAGAUCUGGAUUACAAAGGGUGCCUCAGAUCUCACUUGUUACAUGAGAUGGCCAGCAUGCUACCCCCCGGCUCGAUCAAGCUGGGGAAACAACUGAAAGACUUGCAAGACGAAGCGAGCAACGACAAGGUUACUCUCACAUUUUCGGACCAAAGCAUUUACGAGGUCGAUGGUGUGAUUGGGUGUGACGGAGUCCGCUCGCGAACCCGGCAGCUGUUGGCGGACGUCGACAAUUUACCCUCGCAGGCGCACUUUGCUCAUAAGGUUGCGUACAGAGCUCUCAUACCUAUUUCAGAUGCUGUAUCCGCCUUUGGCUACGAUAAGGGAAUGAAUCAAUGCACGCACAUGGGGCCCGGAGUGGCUAUUGUUUCAUAUCCCGUAGCUCACUGGACUUUCCUAAACAUUGCGAUAUUUGUUCACGAACCUGGAGAAUGGGAAAGCGAAAAGAUGACAGCAACGGCGACAAGGGAUGAGUUGAGCCGUUAUGUUUCUAACUGGAGCCCAUCCAUCCAAACUAUUGUUCAGAGGCUGCCAGAAAAUCUUACAAAAUGGGCUCUGUUCGACACGGCCGACUAUCCUGUAUCUACAUACGCAGAAGGUCGUGUUUGUAUAGCUGGAGAUGCUGCUCACGCCACCACACCUUUCCUCGGAGCCGGUGCUUGUAUGGGCGUAGAAGACUCUCUCGUCCUGGCUACUACGUUAGAUCUAGCCUUGGACCACAUCAACGAGGAGGGCGCACAUAGUAGGGCCAAAGCUAUUUCGGCUGCUUUCCGGGCCUACAGUACUGUGCGACUCGACAGAUCCCAGUGGCUUGUGCAGGGAUCUCGCGAUAUCGGGGACCUUUAUCAGUGGAGGAAUCCCAAGACUGGUCGAGAUCCCCACAAAUGUAGGGAGGAGCUUGUCGGUCACCAAAGACGAAUAUGGGAUUUUAAUGUCAAUGAGAUGGUUACGGAAGCAGGGCAUGGGUUUUUUAUUUAG